GAAGAAGAAGAAGAAGAAGAAGAAGAAGAAGAAGAAGAAGAAGAAGAAACAAAGAAAAAGAAGAAGAAACAAACAUGGUUUUUUCGUCGGUUCCAGCCUAUAUGGAUCCACCCAACUGGAAUCAGCAACAGCCGCUUCAGCUUCCGGCCGCUGCAGGUGGAGGCAGUGAGGCUCCUCAGCUCCUUCCGGGAUUGGCAGCUGCACAGCGACCAGAAGGCGGUACGGUAGCUGCAGGCUUGGCCAGACCGAUCUCCAUGGCAGAACGAGCCCGCCUCGCGAAGAUCCCGCAGCCGGAACAACCGCUCAAGUGCCCGCGGUGCGACUCCACGAACACCAAGUUCUGCUACUUCAACAACUACUCUCUCUCGCAGCCUCGCCACUUCUGCAAGACCUGUCGACGCUACUGGACCCGAGGCGGCGCCCUCCGAAACGUUCCCGUGGGUGGAGGCUGCCGUCGCAACAAGCGGAGUAAAUCCUCGGGAAGCUCCUCCAAGUCGACCACCGCUGACCGCCAGGCAGGCAACUCAUCUUCGUCUUCAACUGCCACGGGCCGCGGCGGCGCUCUCCCACCUAACAUACCCCAGCCGGGCCAGUUGCCUUUCCUUGCCUCCAUGCACACUUUCGCUGACUACGGUGCCUCAAAUCCCAGCUUAAACUUCACGGGCAUCCCAACCAUCGAUGCGGACGAGUACCAGAUGGGAAGCAUCUCGGGCGUCGGGAUCGAGCAGUGGAAGCUGCCGCAGAUCCAGCCAUUCCCUUUCUUGGGGAUUUUGGAGCCACCACAGCAGCCGCCUGCGGUGCAAUCAUUGUCCGAGCUAUACCACUUCACCGGAGAAGGCGGAGGCGACAGCACUAUGAACCGAGUCCUUCCGAAGCUUCCUGCCUCUUCCCUAAUCACGCAGCUGGCUUCCGUGAAGAUGGAAGACAACUCUCAGGGACUCAAUCUACCAAGGCAGUAUUCAGGUCUCACUGCAAACGACCAAUAUUGGAGCAGUGCCGGUGAAGCUGGCAGCACCAGCGGCGGAGGUUGGACGACAGAUUUCUUCAACUCUUCCUCAUCCGGCAACAUCUUGUAACUCUCAGUUCAUGGCCCGAGCUUUUGCUGUGACCGCAUCGCUCGGAGGAUGAACUACGUACUGAAGUAAUCAAGGAAGAAGAAGAAGAAGAUCUCGAUUACCAUCUUCCCCUCAGAAAAAUGAGGUCAGUGUCUCAUCUUGGAUCUACUUUUGUGUUUGUUGCUUCCCAUCUUAACUUCAGUGGAUGUCUAAAUCGAGCUGCCGCACAAACUCAUGGAGGAUCAGAUCUCUGACAUGAGGUUGGUUGUUAGUAAUGAACUAUAAUGCUCUUCAUUGGAUUGA